CCCAAACGAAAGCCUACGGUAAGAGAUUGGAAUUGGUCUGGGCUGGUUUGAUCAAAUUCUAGCUGCGAAACACCUGCUCUCGUUCACAACAAAGUUUUUGUUUUUCAUUUUUAUCACUUUGCUCUCACUUUGCAUUGCUCUCACUUUGCAUUGCUUCAGUGUCUCACUGCCUAGACUGUGCCUGACCGCUUCUUCUGCUUUCGGAGAAGUCAUCGCCGGAACUGCUAUAGCCGGCCGCCGACUCCACUCCGACAGUUUUUCAGGAUUUAAUUUAUGUCUCCUGCAAGAAAAUCUAGGAGUGUGAACAAACAAUAUUGUUAUGUAAGCGAUGUCUCCCAUAACAAAGAUGGAGAGGCCCCUAAAAGACACAGUCAACGGAAAAAGAAGUUGUCUAUGCUAGGCCCUCAGUGGAGUAAGGAAGAGCUGAGUCGUUUCUAUGAUGCAUACCGCGGAUACGGUAAAGAUUGGAAAAAGGUAGCUUCUGCUGUUAGAAACCGAUCAGUUGAUAUGGUGGAGGCACUUUACUCUAUGAAUAUGGCUUACUUAUCUCUUCCAGAGGGGACUGCUUCUCUUGUUGGGUUGAUUGCAAUGAUGACUGAUCACUACUGCAAUUUGGCUGGAAGUGAUAGUGAACAGGAAAGCAAUGAGGACGCAGGAACAUCUCAUAAACCUCAAAAGCGUUCUCGAGGUAAAGUUCAAGCAGUCAUAUCCAAAGGGGUUGAUUUACAGUCUCCCACACCAGCACCAAAUUAUGGCUGUUUGUCAUUAUUAAAGAAGAAACGCUCAGGAGGAACACGGCCUCGUGUUGUUGGAAAAAGGACACCGCGGUUUCCUGUACCAUAUUCUCAUGAAAAUGUUAAUGAUAGCAAUGCUUUUUAUUCAAGUAGGCAUGACCUGAAAAGGAAGUUUGACACGAAUGAUGAUGAUGAAGUUGCUCAUGAAAUAGCAAUAGUUUUAGCUGAAGCUUCACAAAGAGGUGGUUCUCCUCAGAUUACUGAGACACCUACCCGUCGAGCUGACAGUGCUUUAUCCACUCCUGCACGUAAAUCUGAAAAGAGGCAGUGCAAUUUGGAAACGGUCAAUUCCAAGAUUCUUAGUAGUGAAAUGGAUGAAGAUGAAGAAAGCAUGGAAGCAGACACAGGAGAACUACACAUGAUUAGGACUUCAUUGAUGAAAACUGGCAGAACAAUGCAAAAGAGGAGAAGACUUUCUGGCAAAAAGUCUGAAUUUGAUGUCAAUGGUGUUGACCAUUAUGAUGAAAUCAAGGAAGCAUGUAGUGGUACAGAAGAAGCUGUAGUAAUAGCAAAACAUGACAUGGAUGUUGCUGGUGAAAGAGUUUCAAAGGCUUCGUCCUUUGGUCUAAGAAAGAGGAGCAAAAAGAUUCUUUUUCAGAGAGAUGAAAGCUCUGCCUUUGAUGCUCUACAAACUUUGGCAGCUCUAUCAUUGAUGAUGCCGACAACAGAAAAUGAGAAUGCAUUAAUGAUGCACACCAAAGAUGAAAAUGAUCAAAUUGAUGAAUCUGGGACCUCGGAAGCUCUGCCUACAAACCAACAAAAGGAGAAACGUGGCUCAUCUGGGAUUAAAUCCAAAUCCAACCAACCCAUUUCAGGACCUCAAAUUGCAUCUAGUGUAAUGCGAAAGCAUGGCAAAGCUUCAGUUGAUGCAAGUGCUGUUCCUGAAACAAAACACACAAGAAAAGCGCAGAAGAUACCAACAUCUACGGCACAGAAAGGUGAAGGACAUCUCAGUAAUGAUCUUUCUGAACCUCAAGAAGUUGAGACAAAAGAUGCACUGAAGAAGCCAAUCAGCAAGGGUAAAAGAUCUUUACAGAUUUCAUCACCUAAAUUGAUAAAGACUCUAGAUCAUUCAUCAAGUGCAGAUCUAAAAGUAGAUGGAAGUGAUUCAGCUCAAUCAAUCGCAGAAGUCCCUCUAGCAAACCAGGGUACAUUGCACAGUAAGAUUAGAAGUAGGCGUAAGGUGGGGCUCAAGAAGGCACAAAAAGACAAAGAUCUGACUUAUCCUGACGGUGUAUUGGAUAACAAAGUGUUCAAUGUUAAGAACAAGCUUUCUAAUUGCCUUUCCAAACAUUGUGUGCGACAGUGGUGUAAGUAUGAAUGGUUCUACAAUGCAAUUGAUUAUCCUUGGUUUGCUAAAAGGGAGUUUGUGGAAUACUUGUAUCAUGUUGGAUUAGGACAUGUUCCCAGGCUAACUCGUGUUGAAUGGGAUGUGAUAAGAAGCUCUCUUGGUAAACCACGGAGAUUUUCUGAACAGUUUUUGAAGGAGGAAAAGGAGAAGCUUAAUCAAUACCGUGAGUUUGUUAGAAUGCAUUACACUGAAGUACGUGAGGGUACUAGGGUAGGAUUACCGACUGAUCUUGCAAGGCCAAUAUCUGUUGGACAACGUGUCAUUGCCAUACACUCUAAAACAAGAGAACUUCAUGAUGGAAGUGUGCUAACAGUUGAUCAUUCUAGGUGCCGGGUUCAGUUUGACCGGCCUGAGCUUGGAGUGGAAAUUGUCAAGGAUAUUGAUUGCAUGCCUCUCAAUCCAAAUGAUAACAUGCCUGCGCUGCUUAGUAGGAAUAGACAUUCUCUGGACAAGUUACUUGAGAACAUCAAUGAGAUCAAGGUUAAUGAGCAAUCAAAUGACAAUGUGAAACUGGCAUCGGGUGGUAAUAUGGAGAAUGGCGAGUGUUUGCCUUCAUCAUUCGAUGCGCAAGAUACCCUAUUAUUGCAAAAACAGGUGGGUGCAGAGAUUUCUGACAGACAUGCUAAAAUUGUGCCUAGUGAUACUGUUCAGCAGACGGUAUAUUCUAAACCCAGUACAAUUGCACAAAGCCAAGCAAAAGAAGCUGAUGUGCAAGCUCUGGCUAAGCUGAUUCGUGCUCUUAACAAAAAGGAUGCCGUGAUUUCUGAGUUGAGGCGCAUGAAUGACGAUGUUUUGGAAAAUCAACAGAGUGGUGACUGCACUCUCAAGGACUCGGACCCUUUCCGAAAGCAAUAUGCUGCUAUAAUCGUUCAGUUAAAUGAAGUAAAUGAGCAGGUGUCUUCUGCUUUGUGUUGUUUGAGACAGAGGAACACAUAUCAAGGGAAUUUUUCUUUUAGUUGGCCAAAGCCAGUUGCUUGUUUUGGUGAUUCUGGUGGUAUAUUUGACAGCUAUACAACUCAUAUCCAUGAGCCUGGAUCUCAUAUCAAUGAGAUUAUUGAAAGUUCAAAAAUAAAAGCCAGAACUAUGGUAGAUGCCGCUGUGCAGGCAAUGUCAUCAUUUAAUGGCGUGGAGAACAGUAAAGGGAUGUUUGAAGAAGCUAUGGAUUAUCUCAAUGAUCGGAUACCCACUGAUGAAGCAUGCUUGCUUACGGCACCUGAUUGCAAACUGAACAACACUAUGCAUGCAAACGAGACUGACUUCCCUUCAGAACUUAUUACCCAAUGUGUUGGUACUCUCCUAAUGAUUCAGAAGUGUACAGAAAGACAAUUUCCUCCAGCUGAUGUUGCAAAAAUACUGGACUCUGCGGUUGCAAGCUUGCAGCCUAGAUCAUCUCAGAACUUACCACUUUAUGCUGAAAUAGAGAAGUGCAUGGGGAUGGUAAGAAACCAAAUACUGGCUAUAAUACCAACAUAAAGCCCAUCUGGCAAGAGUUAUUUGGCUCAAAUAGCUGCAUAUUUUUUGAAAGGAAAAGCGUUUGGUAACAGCUAUUUCAGCAAAGAAGCAAGUCAAAAGUCAUUUAUUCAGAUUACAUUACUGAUAAGCAGAAUAAGUUGAUAUAGCUUCCAAAUAGGGGCGUUGUCACAUGCUUGUAAAUUCAUAGUGUAGAUAUAUUAAAAACAAAAUAGUUAUAAUUGUUGUCUUCAAUGGUGACCAGUGACUGGUUAAAUUAUACACCAGACUUAGAGAAUGUGUGCUAAAGCCUGGUCUAUGGUGUACCUGAUAGGUAGUUUAGGCCUAAACCAACAUAGUGGUAAUAGUCCUAAACUUGUAAUAGAAAAUUGAAUAGUUUUUAUGCGAGGUACUGCAGGUUCACGCGAC